GCCUUUUCUGAAGGAGGGUGCCUGGCAUAUUGUACACACUCAGUAGGUACUUGCUGAGAGGUUGAAUGAAUGCAAGUAUGAGUGACUGGAGAAACAUACCAUGUUCUUUGUGGGAAAGAGUCAGCAAUAUGAAAAUGUUGGUUAUGCCCAAAUUGAUAUGUGAAUAGAAUACAAGACUGUGGUAAACUCAGAGAUGAGCCACCCAGACCAUUUCCCCACAGCUUCCAGCAAGGACUUGGUAUCCAGUUAUAGGGAGUGUGACCUGUGCAAACAGCCACCUCCCCUCAGUUCUCACCCAUGCUGGAGUGGCUGGCAUCUGGUGACUGAUGUGGGGUCAUAAGGCCCCGGUUCAGCCCAGUGCUGGACAGCUCCAACAUGCAUGCUGUUUGAACUCCCAGAGACCCCUCUUGGGUUGGUUGAAACUUUGUGAGGUCGUCACAGUUGCUUAACUUCUUCUGCCCACUCCUGCUCCAUCCCCUUCCUUUCACAGGUGUUGAUACUAGCAAACAGCUUGCACCCCAAAUUCAGUCUCGGCAUUGGCUUCCAAAGACCCAACCUGUGACAUACUAAUCUGAGUACCAAAUAACAAAGAAAACCAAAACAAGACAACAAAACAAACCAGAAAUAACCUAAAUGUCUAUCAAUUGGGAGAAGAUUAAUAAACAAAUCAUGGUACAUAUUACGAAAUAAGAUGAAGCUGAGAAAUAAGUUAAGGACAUUUUUAGAACUGAUGUGGAGAAUAGUACUGAUACACUGUUAACUGAAUAAAAGAGAAGCAAGUGACAGAGCAGGAUCCCAUUUAUGCACAAAAUAUAAUCUAAAUCGCAUUUGUUUUCCUUCUCUGAGACCUUUUAAGAUUCUGAAGUUCCUUCCUAUUGAAAAGAUUGUGUGUAUGACCUCAGGACAGCUCCCUUAAAGGGUUUACAGAGUUUAGAGGAUCAGAUUAAGUCCCUUUCAUGAGGACGGCGUGGGUGCAGAGGGCUCAGGCCAGGGUGCCAGGCAGCCCUAGGCUUGAUCCUGGCUUUCAAUUACCAGGCGUGUGGUCCUGGGCAGGUCAUGCAAUAGCUUUGAGUCCUAGCCCAUCAUCCAAAAUGCCUCCCAAGUUUCUUUGGGAAUUGAAUGGUUAAUAUAAGACAAGUGUCUGGUAUAACCCCCUUUAUAGAUUUGAUGUUCAAUAAAUGUCCUUCCUUUCCCCAGCUCCUCCUCUACCAUUCCGGCCAGGAAAUCCUAUUGUCACCCUCUUCCUUUAUUCUGAGUGGAGUGAGGAGAGCUAGGCCAGAGCUGGAGGAGCUUGAUGGCUGAGGCCCCAGAGGAAGCUCAGAAGCCAGGGACUUGGGUCGGAAUUGAGCAAGAGCAGAGAAAUGGGCUCCCCUGGACCUAGCAGUGCAAUGAUGGAGACACGAUUCUGGGAAAUUCAGAGGCAGGAAGUAGAGUGGGUGUGCAGCAGAGGAGAAAAAACAGAUCGCACCUCUGGUCUCUUCUGGUCCUGGUCCCCCCUCCCCGCAAGAAUGAGGAAGUCAGGGAAGCUCAAAAGAAGCAGAAAGAGAAUAGACACACCCUGGAGGAGAGCACAGCUGGAUCCAUAUCCCAUUCCUCCACACAUGCAGCUUCUGCCUGGGUUCCUGCCUUGAUUCCUUCUUGUUAUUAUUUAUUGCCCAACGUCAAGGAAACAGAAGAUCCCAGAUCCCAGGCUGCUGCGCUUUCAGACACAAAGACCAGCAGGAAGCUGGUCACUUUCGUGACUCUUCCCUCGGUCACCCAACCCUCCAGGAUUUCAUUUUUCCAAAUCUGGUCUUUGCUGCACAGCGAACCCAAGAACCACAGCCUCCAGACCCCCCGCAGCCUCCCCUGCUGCCCUACCCCUUGCCCAGCCUAGCCACUGGCCCAGUCUCCAUUUCAGCUCCAGCGCUGGUCCAAGCAUGUCAAUGAAGUAUGAAAAAUUCCAGCACUUGGAGAGUGAGAAGAAAAUCCAGGAGGAGCUUAUCACUGGGCUGCCUCUGUCCCAGUCCUUCCUGCAGCAGCUCUGCUCCGGCCCUCGUCCCCUCCUGCUCUCCCUGAGCCUCAGCUUCUUCCUGCUGGUUGGCAUCUGUGUGAUCGGAUCCCAAAAUUCCAAGUCUCAGAGGGACCUGGUGAUGGUAAGAACAACUUUCAGAAACUUCGCUUCAAACAUUACAGCUGAGAUCGAGACACUGAACUCCCAGGGUGGCAGUUUGCAAAAUAAGGUAACAUCUCUGAAAGCUGAGGUGGAAAAUAACAAGCAGGAGCUGCAGGCAGCCCGAAGCUUGAAUGACAAGGUGGUUUCUAUGGAGACCAAGCUGGAGAAACAGCAGCAGGAACUCAAAGCAGGUUAUUCCAUGUUGCUUCUGCGAGUCCAGCAGCUGAUAAAAGGCAUGAACUCCCUGACUUGCAAGAUGAAUGCUCUCAAGAACAAUGGCUCUCAAAAUACCUGCUGUCCUACUAACUGGCUGGAGUACCAAGGCAGUUGUUACUGGUUCUCUGACUCUGAGAAGAACUGGUUCGAUGCUGAGAAGUACUGCCAGCUGGAGAAUGCUUACCUGGUGGUCGUCAACUCCAGAGAGGAGCAGAAUUUUAUCCGGGACCAUUUAGACUCCUCAUUCACCUGGAUGGGCCUCAGUGAUCCUGAAGGAGUCUGGAAGUGGGUGGAUGGGACAGACUACGAGUCCAGCUAUAAGAACUGGGAGCCAAGCCAGCCAGACAACUGGGAAGGGCAUGGGAUGGGCGGGGGCAAGGACUGUGCCCACUUCCUCCCCAGUGGCAAGUGGAACGACAAUGUCUGCCAGAAGCCUUUCCACUGGAUCUGUGAGGCCGACCUGGACAAGCUCAGCUAGGAGCACUGCAGGCCACUCAGCCUCGGAAAAGCCGGGGAUGGGGGCACCCUUCCCCAGAGACCCCAAACGAAACCUCUGUGGGAGAGAAAUGAGCCCUGCUUGGUUAGGAUGCUGCCAUCGUUUUGAAUUUUUUUCUCCUUAACUUUCAAAAGACUAUGUUAUUGUACAGAGUUCCUAGAGUGUUUUUUUUAAAUUUCAGCUUUAUUGAGGUAUAACAGACAAAUAAAAUUAUAAGAUA